AAAAUUAUUCCAAUUCAAUGUACUACAUGUGACACACACCACUUUCGCUAGGCAGCUCGUUCACACACAAACGCACAUUAUUUGUGUGACUAUCAGUGUAUGAGUGUUUUUUAUCUUGUCAUGUUUUUUUGUGGACCCCAGGAAGAGAAGCUGCUGCUUCUGAAAAAGCUAAUGGAGAUACAACUAAACACACAUAGAGGGCCAAGCCCAUCUCUGUUCUACAACCAGGAAGUGUGCUUUGACAAUAUAUUAUAAACUGGGUGGUUCGAGCCCUGAAUGCUGAUUGGUUGACAGGUGUGGUAUAUCAGACCAUAUACCACGGGUGGAGGCUGUGAUGCUGGAGAUGCAGGAUCCAAAGACUGGAGUCAAGUCACAACCCCAGAAACUGGUUAUCACUACUAUACCACACGCUAUCACAGGUGAGGAUGUCGUGACAUGGCUAGCCAACCGUUACACUAUAGAGGCAGAAGAGGCGUGGGCUCUGGGCACCAUGUUGGUAGCGUUUGGGUACAUCUAUCCCCUCCAGGAUCAUAAACGACUAGUCAUCAAACCAGACACAGCCCUCUACCGCUUUCAGACACCAUACUUUUGGCCGGCCCAGCAGUGGCCUGUAGAGGACACCGACUAUGCAAUCUACCUGGCCAAGAGAAACAUCCGCAAGAAAGGAGUUCUAGAGAUGCAUGAACAGGAGCAGUAUAACGGUCUUCACAAGUGGAUGAACCAUAAGUGGGACUUCAUUGUGAUGCAGGCUAAAGAACAGUACAGGGCGGGGAAGGAGAGGAAGAAGCCUGAUCGUGCAGUAUUUGACUGCCAGGAGAGAGCCUACUGGGUUGUACAUAGACCUCCGCCAGGGACUGUCAGUGCAAUGGACUACGGACUAGAACGCAUGGUAGACCCCAACGCAGAGGAGAAAGAAACUUCAGACUUCUUCAGAAGAAUUAUGAUUUUUACCCAGCAGUCCAUCAUGAGGCCGAGGGUCAAGUCGUCUGUCUCUAUCGGAGCUCUGGUGAAAUACUCCAUCACCUGUAAUAAGCACGACCCUUUCCUAGCCCCCUGUCUCCCUAGCAACCCCUGGGUCACCGAUGAUGUCACCUACUGGUUGCUCAACAUGGCCAAUGUGGAUAUUCCUACUAAGAUGCGUGUGGAGAGGUGGACGUUCAGUUUCGGGGAGCUGCUCUCUGACCCUCGAGGCAGAGAUGACUUCAGACUCUUCCUCAAGAAGGAGUUCAGCGGUGAGAACCUGGCAUUCUGGGAGGCAUGUGAAGAUCUGAAGUGGGGAACGGCUGCUACCAUGAACGAGAAGGCCCAGCAGGUCUACAAGACUUUCUUGGCGCGUGGCGCCCCCCGGUGGAUCAACAUUGACGGGAAGACCAUGGAAGUGACGGUUAAAGGGCUGAAACACCCUCACAGAUACGUACUGGAUGCAGCUCAGACACACAUCUUCAUGCUGAUGAAGAAGGACUCUUAUGGGCGGUACCUGAAGUCUCCAGUGUUUAAGGACACUCAGAAGAGGGCCAUCGGUCCUGAUCAACACAGGUUCAGUGUGUCCCAGUUGGAGGCCAAUGCCAGGAAGCGUCGUCCCAGCAUCAGUCCCAUCAUCGUCCGCCAGCAGGAGAAGGAGGAGAGAGCCAGGAUGGCCACCAGUGGUCCUGUGGACAUCACACAGCUGUGUCGCUUUACAGCACCUGUUCCCCACCUCGCGGUCUACUCCGGCCCCCCCUCCACCUCCCCCGCCUCACCCCCUUUCCCCUUCCGUCUCCCCCACACCCCCGCCUGCCCUUCACCCAUCAGUGUAACCAUAGACAGCACCCCCGCCUCAGAACGCAGGUGGGAGGAAGGAAGAGGAGGUGGGCUGGAGGGGGGAGAGGCGGGCCCUGAGGGCUGGGGGACAGCUGUCUCUUCUCGUUCCCGUAUGGCUCUCUCAUUGGGCCGUCUGUUGAGGCGGGGCUGUACUUCCUCCACGGUAUUCGCCAGCCUGUCACCCAAAUGUCCUGCCCCCGCCGGGACCAGCAGCCGCGUUCAGCCUAUCAGCAUGGAGCAGCCCAGCCAAGCCCCGCCCAGACGCAUUGCCAAUUUUUUCCAGAUCAAGGUGGACAUCCCUCCAGAGUGUCGCAUCUACCCCAUCGACUCCGAGGAUGAGGAGGAGAGUGGGGGGGCGUCGAGAAGGGGAGGAGGAGGGCAGGUGAAGGAGAUCAUCUGUCCCUGGGAGAGUGUGACACCUCAUGAGGGGGCCGGGUAACAAACACACACACAUUCACGCACGAAUGCACAACACACACAGAGAUGGACACACACGGACACAGCUGAAUCCUUACCGUAAUCCUUAAUUUAACCAAACUGAUCGCUCUCUCGCACCUAUCAGAUGACGGUCAUUCAAUUCAUACAUCAAUGUUCUGGACAUUCAGAAGUAGCAGAAGCUAGUCAAAGCUAGCUGAACGUUGCCCACUGAUAAACACAGCUCUUGAUUCUAUGAGUUUACUGGGAGUUCGCACAACACCUCUCAACAAUGUACAGUACACAUUUCUAUAUGUAUUCUAGUGAGUUAAACUCUGUUUAGUUUUCUGACGUUAGGUCUACAGUGUGUCUCCACCAUGCUGCUGCUCUGUAGAGUUUUGCGUGUGGCUUCUCUGCUGUUUUAUGUAGCUUUGUAGUACUCUAGUCCAGGACUCGGACUUGACUCGACCAGUGGUGACUUGGACUUGACUCGGACACAGGUCACGAUUUUCAUGGCUCGUGACUCGGACUCGACCAGUGUUGACUCAGACUCGGACUCGACCAGUGUUGACUCAGACUCGGACUCGACCAGUGUUGACUCAGACUCGGACUCGACCAGUGUUGACUCAGACUCGGACUCGACCAGUGUUGACUCAGACUCGGACUCGACCAGUGUUGACUCAGACUCGGACUCGACCAGUGUUAACUCAGACUCGGACUCGACCAGUGUUGACUCAGACUCGGACUCGACCAGUGUUGACUCAGACUCGGACUCGACCAGUGUUGACUCAGACUCGGACUCGACCAGUGUUGACUCAGACUUGGACUUGACCAGUUGUAACUUUGUUGUCAGACAAAGUCUCUCUUCUGCAUAAUCUCUCUCUUCUGCAUAAUUCAACAUACAUCUUAGAUAACUGUAUUGUCUAUUUAAUAGCCUUACAAAUGUGCCACACUGUAAUGAAAUUAAACUUUAAAAUGUUUGAACAGCAACAUUGAACACGAUCAAGUGACUUGGACUCAAGGUUUACUGACUUGCCUAAAUCACUGUUUCAUACCCCUGUUGGUUAGCCUUUGUCUUUAUCUUUAGGGGUUAAGUGAUGUUUUUCCAUAGUGUCUUUCCUAAUGGACAGUGCAGUGAGUUAACUAACAGAAUGUAUUUUACCCUCUACCUUUAAUGUGUUUACAGAGACCAGAAUGUGACACGUGAACAGUAUUGUAUGAUUUCUUGUGUAAGUGCCUCAAUAAAUGACUAAAACAUGA